AUGGAGAGUAAACAUAAACUCAAACACCGAUUCGAUAUCGUUCGAAAACUCGGGCAAGGAACCUAUGGAAAAGUACAGCUGGCGAUCAACAGAGAAACUGGCCAAGAGGUCGCUAUCAAGACGAUAAAAAAGUCCAAAAUUGAAAAUGAGCAAGACGCCGUCCGUAUUAGACGGGAGAUACAAAUCAUGUCUUCGAUACGCCAUCCGAAUAUUGUACAUAUCUACGAAGUAUUCGAGAACAAAGACAAAAUUGUUCUCGUGAUGCAGAAUGCCUCCGGAGGCGAACUCUACGAGUACUUGAGCGAACGCAAAAUUCUAACCGACGCCGAAGCCAGGAGAAUAUUCAGACAGGUCGUAGCCGCUGUUUAUUACAUUCACAAGAACAAGAUUUGUCACAGAGAUCUCAAGUUGGAAAACAUACUGUUGGACGAGAAAGGCAACGCAAAGAUUGCCGACUUCGGACUUUCGAAUGUUUACGAUGAGAGGAGUCUCCUUAGCACAUUUUGCGGAUCACCUCUGUAUGCCUCCCCUGAAAUAGUCAAAGGAUUGCCCUAUCACGGACCUGAGGUCGACUGUUGGUCUUUGGGCGUUCUGCUAUACACUCUCGUGUAUGGCGCUAUGCCCUUCGACGGCAGCAACUUCAAGAAACUAGUCAAACAAAUAUCGAGCGGAGAUUAUUACGAACCCAAACAACGUGCUUCCGCGUCGAGUCUCAUCCGACAUCUCCUCACUGUGGCAGCCUCGGACAGAGCGUCGAUCAUAGAUGUAUGCAAAAACAGCUGGGUCAACGAAACCUAUGACACACAGCUGCUGCAAGUUGCAGAGGAUCUGGCGAAUCUGUCACCGGUUCGACUCGAUCUACUCAUCGCACUGCAGCCGCGAGCGGCAUCCCAGGAUUUCGCGGAUAAAGAGCGCUUGCUAUCGGACUCGAGGACCUGCCAAGUCAUCCCCGGUGACCUGGGCGAGAAACAUCUUGCAGCAGACGACGGAAACUCCGAGGACAUCGCUGUUGAGAAUGUCGAGUCCAGAGCCACUUUGAUGCGCAUGCCAUCUUCAUUGAUCAAGAGUUCGGCUUCCUCAGGAACUCUCAGGUCAUCGCCAUCCACUUCCUCUCUCAAAUCCGGUCAGAACGCUGGAGUGCGCAUGAGCGCAUCCAGAGGCAAUGUGGACUCUGACGAUGCGGGAUCUAUCGUCAGCAGCAAUUCUUUUCAAGUUCAGACCGGAGUUGAACGUUCGAAUGAGGCGCCCAGUGUGCGGCGAACCCCCAGUGGGAGAACUAAUCGGGAAACGGUUCCGUUCCCAUCAAAGAGCAUAAGCAGAGCAUCAAUCGAGCUAAAAACGAAGGAGAUCGACGAGCUCCCGCCGGUGGAAGCCCUCAGUGAUGAAGCAGUUUCUCGCGGGGUUGCGCAGACGGAUGUCAAUAUCAGAGCUCGUGCAGCAGGUACGAGUCCUUUGGAAAGCGUCGCACAAACGAAAGAUGGACGCGCUAGUCUGCAAGACGUUCAUAUAGUCCCGAAAAAAUUAGAGAGCUCGAAGAGCAAAGAGAACACCGAGGAGGAAUCCCUACGCAGUCUGGUCUGGCCAAGCGAGUCUACCUCCGGGAGGAGACCCACGGGCCGACUGUCUCCCGAAGGCGCUACGGACGACACGAAUGAUUCGAAGCAAUCGAGUUUGUUGGACCUGAAUGAGAACUUGGUCCCGAGAGGACUUCCCAUGAAAUCAUACAAGAAGUUCACUUUUGAGAGGAACGGCGGUCAGGUCGUCGUUCGGGAGAAGAUUUGUCAGAAAGAACAACGUGACGGCAACAGGAGAAUAGUUAGCAUUGAGAAGAAAAUGAGUUCGAGAACAUCUUCCUGCGACUCAACGGCUGCUCCGGACAGCCUCGAGGGCGUGAAGGCGACUCGUAGAGACGAUAGCUCAGACGAAGAUGAUUUCGACCUCCAUUUCGAUUCAUCGAACGGGCCGAUGGGGCUCCUGAACGUGAUGAAGUUCAUGGAUCGGGAUUUCCGGACGCGCUGGCAAAACCAUCCGAUUUUCCAAAAUCUCUCGCGCCGUCCCCUCGGCAUGACGUCGGAACUGAUGCAGAGCUUGCAGGGGUCUCAUCCUCGGCGGCUCCAGUCGCCUUCCCUGAUGAAGAUGUUUAUCGAUCGUGACAGCACGGUCUCAAGAGACGACGAUGUUCGAACGUUCUUCGAAAGGCCUUAUCCGUCGCUAUCGAAUCACAAGGCUCAAAAUCCGGCCACAUCUGACUUGGGGUCGUCGUCCGACAGGAAACUCAGUAGAGGCUCGUCGCUAGACCGGAGUUCUACAACAGCGUCACGGACAUCGAUGUCUCAGGCGGAAAGCAUUCCGCCCCAAGCUUGCGACAGUCAUGCGUUCUACGCACCCGGUCGUAACAUACCUCGUUACUCGCGCACUGUGAGUGAUAAAACCCUCAGGGAAUCUCGAGCGCAUUCCCCGACCCUUGAGUUGAGAAGUCGAGCCCAACGGGGGAGACCAUCUGUAGUUCAUAUGGAACUGAAUUUCAACUCUCGGAAUCCCGCUAGCAUUGGAUUGACGCAUUCGUGGUCGAAUCAUGGCCUUUGGCAUCAGCAGGAUCAUUCUCACCAGAGUAGUUCUACCUCGUCAACGCCCUCCAGGAUAGAGAUGCGCGUGCACUACUCUACGCCUACAUCACCUCCUUCCACCCCACCUGUAGGCAUGCCUCCGAAACCUCCCAAGUCUGAAAAGGAUCAACGCUCGGGCUGCAGGAAUACAGCGCAAGAAGAAAGCGUCAGCGACAGAAUAAAUCGGAGGAGUUAUUAUCAUAGAUUCAGCAGCGUCGACAGACAAGUGAAUACACGCCCGACGUCCACGAUAUGGGACCAAACUAGCGGCAACAUGAGUGCUGGUGCUGGGGCGUUGUGGGAAGCCGCGUCUCCGGAUAAGCCGCUAGGUGCUCCCCUUCCUGCAACGAAGCCACAGUCCACACCGGGAACGAACCCAACUAGCAUAUGAAUUCUCAUAACUUCAACGCCAGGCCUAGUUGUUACAGAGCUUCGAUCAUUCAUCGAAGUCGAGUGGGGUAUCUGACUAUGUAUAAAUUAUUCUUCUAAGCUGUUCAGGACAAGUUUCCAUAACUGUUUUCAUCACUUGGAUGAGGACAUUGUACCGAGGAAGCGUGCUCCUCUCGAGUUGUAUUUGUAUCACUCAGUUCUCGAGUCGAUUCUAUGGGAACCAAUGAGCUCGGACUCUGAAGUAUAUAUAUAUUGUUAUAUAUUAUAUAUGUAAUAAUAAAGGC